CCGCGGAGCCGCGUCCCGGGCGCGGUGUCCGCGCGAGCGCCGCGCGAGGCCGAGCGCCCCGACCCGCACUAAGCGCUGCUGUGAUACCUCUUUGUACAAACCGGCGAACGGCCAUGCGGAAACGAAUCUCGAUAUUCUAUCCCUACGCGCGCCGCACCGCUCCACGCGCUAGUUUAUGAGAGACGUUGCGCCUGAUACAUGUACAAAAAUGUUCGAUAUGUCAAUUCAAGAAGUGAACGGGAAGGGUCCUAAGAAGAGGAAAAAGUCGUUGGAGCGUAUCUGUGAUAAUGAGGAGCGGCGGGAGCGUUCGGAGCUGAACGCGGGAGACGGCGCGGCGGAUGGCGGCAAGAAUGGAGCCGUGGACGGCGCGCCGGGGGCCCAGGGCGCCAGGAGCGCGCCGGCGGGCGGCGGCGUGGAGCUGCUGCACUGGCGGGACAUGCCGCAGCACCUGCAGUUCAACCCGUACGUGCUGACCGGCUACCGCCCGCUGCAGGGCUGGGCCGGCUGCGUCGGCAGCCUCUUCUACUUUCACAAUGAGACCAUUAAUAUACUUACCCAUGGUGUGUCCCUGGUGUACAUACUGGCGGUGCUGCCGGGGCUGCUGCCGUGGGGCGGCGGCGGCGGCGCGUGGUUCCUGUCGCUGUGCCACCUGCUGGGCGCGCUGGCACCCUGGUGCGGAUCCUUCCUCUACCACCUCUUCAUGAACCACGCGCAGGGCGAGCGCCUCUACCACCGCCUGCUGCAGCUCGACAUGCUCGGCAUCUGGGUCAGCCAGAGCAUAGGUGCCAUCCCCAUGGUGACGGCGACGGUGCACUGCGCGCCCGCGCCGCUGCGGUACUCGGUGCUGGCCGUCUACAGCCUCGGCAGUCUGCUGGGCCUCUAUAAGGCGAUGCGGGCGUGGUCGCCUUGGGAGCGGCGGCUGUGCUUCGCGGCGCCGUUCUGCAUGCGCGUGCUGCUGGCCGGCGCGCGCGCCGCCCGGCUCGGCGGCGGCUGCCCGCACGCCAUCCUGCACGUCUUCCUGCAGGACGCAGUGUCACUCGGCGGCGGCGUGAUCGGCGCCAUGCACAUCCCCGAGAAGUGGUUCCCGGGCGCCGUGGACCGCUGCCUUAACUCGCACAACAUCAUGCACGUGCUGGUCGUGCUGGCCGUGUACUCCAUGCACCAGGUGACGACGCGCGACCUGGCGUGGAUGUCGCGCGUGGACUGCCGCGCGCCGCUGCGCACGCUCUGACCCGCCGCCCGACACCGAGCCUCCUCGCGAUUCGCCUUCUAAGGGACUCUGCUGCAGCCGACGCGACGACUUCAGUCUUCAACUUUAUUACCCGUGGUAGCUAAGGGCCAGCUCUUGUGGUUUUAUCCGAUAACGUCAAGCCUCGGACAGACAGAGCUCGACCUUAGCCGAACUCACCAACUUUGAGUUAAUUUCGAGUGUGCACGGGAAAACGUUCCACUUUGUCGAUUGCUAUAAAGCAAAGUGGGACGUUUACUAAAUACAAUCACAUUUAGGUAAUUAAUUAUGGAACAUUGUGCGGUUUGCUCCAGUUGAUGAUUAUGGUCGCGGCUAUAUAAUUGUACUAAGAUUCAUUUAAUACACGUAGAAACAUGGUUAAGCGUUGUUCAGCUCAAUAAAAAUACUGACGAAAUUUAUUGUAUCUUUAUCACAGGAUUAAUGCGAUAAUUCCGCGAGCAAGAACGCUCAGAUCCAGACCGAUAAUUUAGAUAAUAUUUUAUUUAAUAUUGGUCUCUAGUAUAGAGAUAAUAUAUCAGUUAUUUAUUAUAUCAUUGAAUAGAAUCGCGUGUAUAUUAUAGGUUGCAGGACUAUUUCUGUGAAAUAUUGCGUUGCGUGGCUGGUUGACGCUGCUAGGAAGUUUGUUUUUAGCGCCCCGAUGUAGCGAACAAGAGAAUCCUCUUGACUUCGUGGACGUAUAUUCUGGGCAGUAACAAGUCUUGGGCCAGUCAGCUACUCUACUGUCUCUGUUGCUAUCCAAAGCAAUUUUUGUAGUCGGGCAGGUUAGAAGUAAGCCAGUCUUCGGUAUUUGUGAUAUUUUGUAUCUAGAAAAUAAAAUACUCGUACCUAUGACUUGAAGAAUGACUUACCUUACUGAACUUCGAACCUUAUUGACUUUUACUAUGAGAUUGAAACUUCACCAUGGGGUAAUCAUGUAAGUAGUUAUCUAAUUUGUCCAAGGAAUAUGGAUGCGCGGAUGCCGUCAGCUAUUUACGAGAAUGUUCUUUUUCCACUUAACAAGCGUAAUAAAAAUAUCUGUACCCAGCUUGCAGUGUUGACUACAAAAGGGCCUCCGUUAGCUGGCGCGGACGCCCGCCGCGUGCGCACGCUCGCGGAUAUCCACCAACAAUAAGUAAAGGUUGACUGGUAGAGAAUACCUCACGGCAUUAAGUUCGGUUUUUGUACAUUAAGUUUGUCUUUUGUGCAAUAAAGUUUAAAAAUAAAUAAAGUCGGUCACAUGCGACCACGCCAUUUAACGCUGCUCUUACAGUCUCUUAUUAGACGAGCGUCCGUUCCGGGUCCAGGUAAUCCUUGUUAGCUAGCGGAGGCCCUAAGGGUCCCCCCACAUGCCGCGAGACGCUAGAUGUGGGGGGACCCUAAGGAAUAGAAUAGACGUACCUACAGAUUACAAUUCGGGCCACAUCUGAGCGCCUGAAGAGUGGAUAUUUUUGCAGAAGCACUGACAUUCAAUUAAUUAUGUUUGAAGUGCGGCUAUUCUUUUUUAAUCAUUACGUAUUACUAAAUGAGAUAGCCAUUGGACACCAGUUUUAAAAUUUCAUAAGCUAACUAUAUUCUGCAAUGUAUUUUUUCACAGAAUACGUACUUUGAAAACAUAUCUAAAGUGUGUGUACAAAAUUCUUUGCCGUCAUAUUGUUAAAAUUGCAUAAAGAUAACAUAGUGCAAAGUCGCUGAUAGGGGUCGCCUUAUGUUGUAUAGCUUUAGUGAAAUUUGUUCACUCGUGCCAUACGGUCUCCCCCUGGGCCGGACCAUACGACCCGCCUUGCUGCCAUCGCUUAGUUUGUUGUUAAUGUAUGUAUGUUUGUAACGAGGGCAAGUAUCGCAACUGACCGAAACAAGCUCGUCCUUGUCACGGAAGAUUAUACUGUUUGAGAAUUCCUCCACAUCGUGACGCCUUAGGAAUUGGUAACGAAAUGUGCAUUAAGAGUAUCAAGGUUGUACAAAUAAUUCCAAACACUAGGCAUUCUUAAGCAACCGGUGAUUUGUAUAAAUACAUAUUGUAGUAGACAAUAUCACGGCCUACGAAUUCGGAUUUAGAAUAGAUUGCAACGUUGAUAGUUAGUUUUUCGAAUAAUUUGUCGAAGGUACUUUCCAGUACGUACGUACCUGUGCCGAAGCCACUUUUAACAAUAACUAGAUCUUUAAAAAUAGGUAGAUAGCGUUUCCUCGUAAUAGUUAGUUAGAAGUAAGUUUGGGACUUGGCGAAUUUUUUCUGCAAAUGUGUAGGCAGUCGCGUCGCGGGUAAACGUAUCUUGUGAUGCCUGGUUCGCGUACGGAAAAUCAUCUACGAUAGGAACGUUACUAAACUUUUCGCCGCCAUUGACUUUAUUUUAAAUUAAAGGUGGUAAAACCAUUAUGUGCCCUACACGGCUCUUGUCUUGAUAUUUUACACACUUUAAUACUUAUUUCAUUGACGUGGCGGCGAAAAGUUCAUAAUCGACCUCUGCAAUAAUUGUCGUCGUCGAAACGAAAUAAACAAGUGACUAAUAUGCAGCGCCGGCCCGUGCACUUGAUCAGGGUAGAGCGAGUUUGAGUUUCGGCGCCCUUGGUAAGAAGUAUUACGAUAUAUGCAGAUAAAAAAUCGCGAGCGCAGCGAGCGCGAAAUUUUUUUCAUAGUAAUGCCGUAAUUUAAAGAUUAUCGCAAUACAAAACUAUUUGAUUUCAUCAUACAGGUACGAAAGGGACAGAGGGUUGAACUUUCUCAGUCGCACCCUAGUAUAGUUACGUGGGACUGAACGUUCGUUGCGUAAGAGCUGAACCGAAUGUUCGGCCGAAUAUUCGUAUUCGGCAAAGUCCAUAUUCGGCCCAUCUCUAGUAGAGACUAAUGUAACUGCACCACCUACCGGUAGGAAUUUCAGAUUGGGUCGACCGAAGCGAAAAGAUGUAAUUAUAUUGUAACGCUUGAAAUUGUAUUCUGAUCGACGUAGACAACGUGGACCUAAUUUAUACGAUGAACGGACUCAAGAAGUAACGGAAAAUCGUUAGGAUAUGCUAUCUAAUCAAAUAAGAAUAAAUAAUAUUCUUGCCCUUGGGGUUACGCACCUACCUAAUGAUUUUCAUCACACUUGUGAGUAAAUAAAUAUACCUAGGGAUGACUCUUAAUUAGGCCGGGCUGCGUUCAGUUCCCGCCGAACCUCCCGUCGCUUCGUGUUUUAUGGAAAACAUCACGUCACGUGAUCGCCGGCCGCCGCCCCGUGUUAAAUAAAGUAAAGACAGAUAGACGGACAGACUGCUAAUGACCAACGUUUAACUAAUGAGUUGUUCAUCCAAUAAUUAACAUUCAGAAAAAUAAAUAUUGUGUUACUCCCUUAGGAGUAGUAUUAAUUUAAGUACAUAAUACAUAUAUAGUAGUAGCUGUUGCUUUAAAAGUUUUCAAGUGCUUUCAGUUGGACAAGGACACGCCCGGUCAUACCUCAUACUGUAACAUCCUACACGACUUCAACAUAUAUAAAGCGGGUUUUAAUGAGAAUUAGUGCAGAAUACGGCUGCUGCCAAUGAUGCGCAUAGUUUUUAAGAAUUACCUACAAUAAAUUCAUACAUUUCUAUUCACUCAAUCUGUCCUUUCUAGAACAUAGCUUUAGAUUACCCUUUUCAAGGUGCCAGGUGUACCAGUGAUCUUACUACCUAUUCCUCAAGUUCAUAUUAUGUUUUCUGAAAUGAGAAAAUUAUUACGAAAAUGUGUACUUGAUACUGUAUGAUAAUUCACUUAAAGAUUGUUUAGAGAGGACCGUAGGACUCGUCUGUUCUUAGUUAUUUUGGUUUCGCCUGCCGAGAAAUCUCGUCUCAAUUGUUUGGCGACAUUGCAUAUGCAUAAUAUGAAACUUAUACAUUUUUUAAAUUUAAUAUUCCCCUUAUAUGCAAUAUUAACUCUUAAUUAUAUCGGUUCCAAGCUUAUGACAGGAUUGACAUGAAUCACGGUGAACAGCCAAAUAGCUCACCGCAAAUAUAAGUUGUAAAAUACCAAGCACCGAGAAAGCAUAUUUGAGCCCAGUAGCAGAUCGUAGAGUUUCGUUUUAAUGUUCCUGACUGAAGUUCAAGUUACUCGGCGGGUGGAACCGAGCCUUACGACAUUGUUAUAACCUAAUUCUUUCAGCGACCAAUGAGCGGUAUAUUUUUGUAUUAUAUCGGUGUUGUUUGCUUCGCUGCUUCAUUGCAAGUGAGCAUCGCGGGUGAAUUAGAUUACCUUCGCUAGUUUGAUAGUUUUAAUCCAAUAAACUAGUCGUAACAUGCAGUAGUAUGAGUAGAUAGGUAGAUUACAAGCAAUAAAUAAUAGACAAAAUAUUGUUGAGAAAUUUGACAAAAGUAGCGGAAAACAUUAAAUAAUUAUGGUACUUACCUACUUUACAUAGCAACUGUUGAAAUUUUUUACCGCAACUUUUGAUAGAAAUCUACUUUUGUCAAAGAUCUGUUGUUUUGAUUAUUAAUUUAACAUGAUGGUAGUAGUUACAUAAAUUGAAAAGUGUACUUGAAAUUUUUUACUAGAAAUUAGAAGAAACGCACCGCUGUUAUGCCGUUGCCGGCAUCGAUAUUCAUUAUUACUUAGUAUGAUUACUUAUUUAUUGUAACAUCAUUCAUAUUUUUGAAAAGCGAUAUGCCCACAACGUGUUUACAAUAGAAUAGCCAUAAUAGCAUUUAUUUUUCUGUAUUGGUACUUACCUCCUCUACUAGAUGUUGAUACCUUAUACCUACUUACCUACCUACUUAUUUUUUAUCUUCGUCCAGUUAUUAGACUAUUAAUCUUUGAAUAGUAUUUUUAAGAGUGUUAUUUAAGUUGUUGAUAUUAAAGUACCUACUUCUUGUGAAAUUUACAAAUUAUCUCGCCUAAAUAUCAAUUAUUUACACGAUUAUUAUAUCAUUAACUUAAUCCACGUUUUUAUAAGUAGGUGAGUUGUAGAGGCCACUGAAAUUGUUUCGGUCGAGGUUAUUGAGUGUUCGCCGACGAUACCCCCGGUGCAGGGUGCACGGUGCCCCGGUCGCCCGACUCCCGGACCUGCAUAAUUAUGGUUUCCGUAGAUGUUUGAAGGAUGGUAUUUUGAAUAGGUUACGUUAAUUAAAUAGUGAAUGUAGAGUGAUAUUCAAGAGCAAUAUAACAGUAUUUAGUAUAUUAAAUAUACCUCUCAUUUUACAUGUUUCGUUUAUUUGGCAUAACGGUUUGUAUCUAACAAUAACGCGAUCCGUCUCGGAUAUUUUACCUAGUUGUAAAGAUCUAUGAUCAACGUCUCAAAUUGUAGCCAUUGACGAGAAGGUAAACCUAUGAAUUAAAUUUUAUUUGACUCAA